GCAGCCCGAAAAUGCUUCUUUCAGUUUCGGUCAUGUAACGUGUACGAAUCUGUUACAUGCAAAAACUAACUAUAUAAAAUAGCAUUAAUUACAAUGCUCCAAGAAAAGCAAUAUUUAGCAAUGCUGUACUUUCCAAACGAGUGAGCCGAAUACACUAGUUAACUGGGUACUGUUUGUAUGCAGCCUGAUCAAGGUACUGUGGUUAAAUACAUCGCCCUCUCCCGGCGAGAGAUGGAGAUUGCAAACAAGCAGACCUGUAUACUCCGCUCUCCUGACUUCUCAGCUCAUUCUCUAGAAGAUGGCGGACUGCGCUUCAUUGCUAGAUGAGGAACUCUCUUCCUUUGUCUUCAAUUACCUGACAGAAAACUCCGGGAGCCAGUAUGGGGAGGAGGAGGUCAGUUCUGACCAUCUGGAUACUGACUUCCCCGACAUCGACCUCUCUCAGCUGUACGCCAGUGAUUUUGAUUCCGUCAACUGUCUCAGCGAGCUCCCUUGGUGCAAUGACCAAUCAGACGCCUCCCCUGCCUCCAUCCAGUACAGCACAGGAGACCCUGAGUUCUUAGAGAUAGAAGAGGAAGAAAAUGCAGCACUGCUGGCUGCACUUACAGACAGCCUGGACGAGAUGGUGGAGGACGAGGUGGGGGGUCUGUCUGUGUUCCCCUCGCUGGGGGAGGGUCCUGAUGAUGAGGAUGAGGAGGAGAAUGAGGAGGAGGAGGAGGAGGAAGACCUCCCCCUGGGAAGUGAGCUCUUUCCAGGGUCCCUCAAUCCAGAGACAGAAGACCCGUCUCUACUGAAAAAGCUCCUGCUGUCCCCCCCAAACGUGCCUGUGAGCAUUGAAACGCACAAAGAGGGCGGCACGCAUCGCCAUAGCAACAGGAGCCAGUACCUUAAGCCGCUGAGACCUUUGGUUAAGUGCGAGCGCACGCAGGAGCGCAAGCCCCGCGCGGUCAGGCCGGCGGGCCGCCCCUGCACAGAGCUCCACCGUCACCUGACCACCACGGCGGACGCCGAGGACACGCCCCCCGCCGACACCGAGGACGAGAGCGACUCGGAGGAGGACGACGACGACGAGGAGGAGGAGGAAGAGGAAGGGGACGAGUCGGCCAGCGAGGACGAGAGCUCGGCAGCGGCGGCGGCGGUGGCGGCGGCGGCGGGCGCGCCUCAGUUCUCCUCGGAGAAGGAGCUCCGCUCGGUGGUGGAGCUCAUCACGUACAUGCACACGUACUGCCUGCCCACCCGCAAGCAGGCCGGCUGGGACCGCAGGGACCGCGAGUGCCAGGGCUUCGCCCGGCGGGCCAGGCCCGAGGCCCCGCCCUCCCGGCCCCGCCCCGCCCCCGCCUGCCACAGGGCCGCCGCCCCCCGCCCCCGCCCGGCCUUCGCGCGCAGACGCGAGGUCAAAGGGCACUCUCUCCUCCGGGAGCUGCUGGAGACGGUCGACUCGUUCGACGUCAGCAAGCCUUACAGGCUCCACAGCCCCCCGUACUCCCGCUGCGGGGGGGCGGGGGCCCAGGAGGGGCGGGGGGAGCCGGCGCCCCGCCCGGGCAAACCGGAGCUCAAAGACUCCGGCCCGACGGGCCUGCGGGACGGCGGGGCCCCGGGGGCGGGCCCCGACGGACCCAAAGCGGCCAGAGAGCCGGAGGCGGGGGACACCACCUUCUCGGUGCGCCGCUCGCGCCGCCUGGCGUCCUUCCCCGGCCGCUUCUCCAAGAGGAGCCGGGCGGGGGCGGCGGAGCACGUCUCCUGGCGACACGGCGCGGAGGUGGAGACCGCCCGGCGUCACCCAGCGGAGGAGGCGGCCCACGGCAGGACGCCCUACAAGGCCGACGACCGGAAGACGGCAGCGGCCGAGCCGCCCUGGAGCCUCAACGAGAAACGUGCCUGCCUCUGUCUGCCGCUGACUCCCAAAGCAACAGGAGACACACAGUUUGCCAACAAGGCCUUUGAGCAGACGCUCAGCGUGGAGCUGUGUGGCACAGCAGGGCUGACUCCUCCCACCACCCCCCCGCACAAGCCCGCCGAGGACGAGCUCUUCAAGCCGGAGGGGAAGGGGGAAUCCCCCCCCAAGGGUUUCUGGGCGUCUCGGGCGCCGGCCUCCCGGAAGCUUCCGGAGCAGACGGAGCUGUACGCCCAGCUGCGGCGGAUGGGCCAGGCGAGCGAGCGGGAGGCGAAGGGCGCGGCACGCCGGGCGUUCGGGGACCACGACUACUGCCUGCAGGGCCUGGGGGAGAGCCGCAAGAGACCCGCCCCCUCCUGCGGGGAGGAGGAGGAGGAGGAGGAGGAGGACGAGGAGGAGGAGGAGGGGAGCUGGGCGGGCGGCUGCCUGAGCGAGGAGAAGCUCUUCUCCAAGCUCCCGGAUUACCUGUGCGGCCAGGGGGGCGGGACGGCGUCCCCCCGCUCCGCGUCGCCCCAAGCCUUAUCGCCCCGCAACACGGAGGAGAGCGCAGGGUGCUCCCCGCGGCCCUCCUCCCCGAACCUCCACGCCCCCUGCACGUCCUGCUGUCUGCCCCACUCCUCCAGCAGCAAGCUCAGUUUCAGCUGUGAGAACCUGGGGACCUGCUACGGGGACAAGCUGAGGAGUAAAGUUAACGAGGACUGCCGCGUGUUCUACAUCCACAACCUGCCGAGCGGCGUCACCCAGGCGAUGCUGCGCAGACGCUUCCAGGCCUUCGGCGAGCCGGACGACUGCAAGAUCAUCACUAAGAACGACGAGCGCUGUGGCGUCAUCACCUUCCUCGGGCCCCCUAGUGGCCAGGGGCUGCGGCGCAGGCGGGACCCACCCGCGCAGAAUGCCCGGAGUAGCCCGCGGCGGUUCUGCAGGAAGCGCUACAUAGACCUGGACGAGGCAGGUCCAGGCCCGGUGAAGAGCAAGUACGACGCCCUGGAUUUCGACACCCUCCUGAAGGAGGCGCAGAGGAGCCUGCAUCGCUGAGAGGAGAGCGCCUUAUGGUCCCGGCCCUGGGACUCGCCUCAGUACCUCAACCAAGGCACCUCUCUUACUGUUUACAUUUUUAACAUUGGAAUAAGAAGCAGACCUUGUCUCUUUCAACUGAGGAUUUGAGGAGGGGGAGGGUUCCAGAACAAUAACAACUACAAAAAAAAAAGAAUCUAGAAACAAAAAGAAAAAAAUGCACUCUGAACACAGAAGCUGCUUCCC